AUGGAGACCCAGCAGCAUCAAACGGAUAUUAUCACGCUUACUCGACACGUGCUUUCGGAGGGCGCCCGCGCCCGCAGUCAAGACGCAACUGUAACCGGUGAAAUGACUCUCCUGCUCAGCUCUUUGCAAACCAUUUGCAAGGUGAUUGAGAACCUGGUGCGUAAGGCGCGCGUGAACGACCUGAUUGGUAUUGCUGGCAACCAGAACGUCCAGGGUGAAGAGCAGAAGAAAUUGGAUGUUUUAUCGAACGAGGUCAUGAUCAAGCUGCUCUCUUCUUCGGGUCAAUGCUCCGUGCUUGUCUCGGAGGAAGAAGACAAUAUUAUUAUUGUAAGGGAACACGGCGGCCACCCAGGCAAGUAUUGUGUUGUGUUUGAUCCACUCGAUGGCUCUAGCAAUAUUGAUGCUGGUGUGAACAUUGGCACUAUUUUCGGUAUUUACCGCAUCCAAGACGGAUCAGAGGGUAGUGUAAAGGAUGUGUUGCGCCCGGGCCGGGAAAUGGUUGCCGCGGGCUACUGCAUGUACGGUUCCUCGGCAAACAUCGUACUCUCCACAGGUAAUGGUGUAAACGGCUUCACGCUCGACAGCAGUUUUGGUGAAUUUGUGCUGACGCACCCCAACAUUGAAAUCCCCUCGCGCGGCAAGAUUUACUCGUUCAACGAGGGCAAUUCAAUGUACUUCCACGAGCCAGUCAUCAAGUACCUCGAAUCGGUCAAAUUCCCGGGUGAGGGCAAGAAGCCAUACACGGCGCGCUACAUUGGCUCCAUGGUGGCUGAUGUACACCGCACACUUCUGUACGGUGGUAUCUUCGGUUACCCCUCCGACAAGAAGACCAAAGAUGGUAAGCUGCGUCUUCUGUACGAGGGAUUUCCUAUGGCCUUCUUGAUUGAACAAGCUGGUGGUCUGGCUACCACAGGUGAGAAGCGUGUGCUAGACGUCGAACCCAAGUCUAUUCACGAACGCGUGCCCAUUUUCCUUGGCUCGAAGGAGGAUGUGCAGGACCUCUUGUCAUUCUACCACAAAUAA